AUGAGGCGGUCAUUGUUUGUUAGUAUCUUACACGAUAUUCAACAAGUGAAUGAGUACUUCAUCCAAACCCAUGGUGCCACUGGUGCUCCUAGAUUAUACGGUGUACAGAAGAUGAUUGUAGCACUUCGGAUCCUCCAAUACGGCGUGCCAGCUGAUGCUGUAGACGAGUACAUUAGAAUUGGUGAAAAUACUGCAAUUGUCGCCUUAAAUUUUUUUACCAGGUCAAUUGUUGCUACUUAUGAAGCCGUUUACUUAAGAUCUCCAAAUGAAGCAGACAUCGCCAGAUUAUUGCAAGAGGGAGAGCAACGCGGGUUUCCUGGAAUGUUAGGGAGUUUGGAUUGUAUGCACUGCCGUUGGGAUAAAUGUCUAAGUGCCCAAGCUGGUGCUUACACUGGACACUAUCACAAACCAACAGUUGUACUCGAGGCAGUUGCCUCCUAUGACUUGUGGAUUUGGCAUGCUUUCUUUGGUAUGCCUGGCUCUCUAAAUGAUAUUACUGUUCUUGACAGGUUGCCUUUAUUUGCUGAAUUAACUAGAGGACGUGCCCCUACUGCCAACUACACCAUCAAUAAUCAUGCAUACACCAUGGGAUAUUAUCUUGCUGAUGGUAUCUAUCCUCGUUAG